AUGUCGCAACCGAAUACAGCCGCCAUCACGGUGGCCUCCAUCUUCGGAGGCAUCGCUCUCAUCUUUGUUGCGUACAAGAUGUAUUGCAAGUUAUGGCACUGCAUGUACCGUCCAGAACAACUACCUCCCAUAAGUCAACCGCAAACAGCAUACCAUGGCGGAGUUGUCAUGUCUACCGCAUCUGAUGCCUCCGUGUUUGCUGCGAUCAACACGCACCCCAGCUCCAACAAUUACCUAGCCGCAUCCUCCGCGUCCACAUCGACAUGGCAGCAGGCUGACGCACUCGCCUCGACAUCAACCAGUGAGCUACCCUCACCCUCCCUCCGUCCACUCGAUUCUGUCGUGCUUUCGACGCCUUCCGAUGUCUAUGACCCUCACCAUAGAGGCACCUCCACAAAUUCAAGCUCAUCGUCCACCAUGACACUUAAGCGUUCCUAUCUCCGAUGUCCAUCAGCUUCCCAGCUUUCUUACAUGUCGCACUCCAGUCGGCGCGAGUCGUAUCUACCACACUCGCCGCUCAAUCGCGACUCUAUUCAGAUUGUGCCACCUCAACCUCUCGGCUUUGGCGGCAACCUGGCCCUGGCCACUGAUCAGAAGACACUCGCCUUCAGCAGAGACAGUGGCAUUGGUGCAACUGACGAUUUCACCACUGGGCUUGUCUGGACGGAGCACAACUCGCACAGAUCGUACCUCGCCCAACACGACAGGCAGAGGUAUCUCCGGGAAGGUCCCAUAUCCACACGCACCAGCGAGGCGCCCAGUCAGCUACCAUCAACGCACGGUAGCCCCGUUGCACAACAUCGCUCGCUCCACUCGCAGCUUCCAGAUGAACAGCCCUAUCCUGCAGCGGUAGUAUCCACGUUAUCGCACCCAUCAAACUCGAGUGUCGCAGCAACUCAAACUUCCACCAUCCAACCACACUUGCUGAGCGCUGAUGACAGUCCACUGCAGAGACUGCAGAGCGACGCUGGUCAAUCCCGUCCGCUUCCCCGUCCACCUUCAGAUAAUAGCGCCAACCCUUCCGAAUCGGAUAACUCACCUAUCCUCAGUCCCUUUGGCCCGCAGUCGGUACCCACAAGCUCCGGUAUCAGCGCCGCCUCGCAUUCCGACUCUUCGAGCGCUAACGCCGGCUCUGGCUCGAAUAAGGGGACCCCGUCUCUAAAAAGCAUGUCGCAGGCUGCACUAUAA